AUGAUAAGUACAAGCACAUUCAAAGAUAAACUCAUCAAAAUAUUUGCUCCCUCUAUUUUCUAUGCUCUUCCACCAAUAUCUCUAAUUUGCCUAUAUUUUUACCUUCACUCAUUUGCUCCAUUUUCCACUCCUAUCACUCACCACUCUACACUUUAUGCUUCUAUACCUAAAGAAAAGGAAAAAGCUUAUGAGAACACAUGUGACUAUUCCAAUGGCACAUGGAUUCAUGACAAUAGGUCUCCUUUGUAUAAUGGAACAACAUGUAAGAUCAAGAAAAGUCAAGAUUGCAUACUCAAUGGAAGGCCUAACUCAAGCUACCUUCAUUGGAGAUGGAAACCAAGUGAGUGCCAUCUACCAAUUUUUGAACCAAACACUUUUCUCAAACUUAUCAACAACAUGCACAUAGCUUUUGUUGGAGACUCUUUAGCUAGGAACCAAAUUGAGUCACUUAUUUGCUUACUAUCCACUACUUCAAAACCUAAACGUGUCUACCAUCUUGGCUCUAGAAAGUGGUACUUUGCAUCUCAUAAUGCAAACUUGUCUUUCUAUUGGUCACCAUUUCUUGUCAAGGGUGAUCAAAAAAAAUCCAAAGGGCCUAAUUAUAAUAGAAUCUAUUUGGAUCAUGUAAAUGAGAGAUGGGCUAGGGAUAUAGAUCAAAUGGACUUGAUUGUGUUAUCAUUUGGUCAUUGGUUUAUGGUUCCUUCAAUUUACUAUGAGGGUGAUUUUGUUAUAGGUUGUUUAAAAUGUCAUGAUUUAAAAUUUAAUUACACUGAUAUUGGCUUUUAUGUUCCAAUGAGAAAGGCUUUAAGGACUGCCAUUAAUAGUAUAAUGGAGAGAAAAGUUUCUAGGGGAAAUGGAAUUGAUGUGAUUGUAAGAACAUUUUCACCAUCUCAUUUUGAAGGUGAUUGGGAUAACAGAGGCACUUGUUCAAAGAGUGAGCCAUAUGGAAAUGAGGAGAAGAAGCUUGAAGGGAUGGAUGCUGAGAUAAGAAGUAUUCAGAUAGAGGAAUUGGAAAAUGCUAAGGCAAAAGCAAAACAAUUUGGACUUAAUUUGGAGGUACUUGAUAUAACAAAGUUGGCAUUGUUGAGACCGGAUGGUCAUGCAGGUGCUUAUAUGAAUCCCUUUCCAUUUGCUAAUGGGAUUCCAAAGCAUGUACAAAAUGAUUGUCUUCAUUGGUGUUUACCUGGAGUCGUAGAUACUUGGAAUGAGAUUUUUUUGGAGAUGAUGAAGAAAGGAAAAGACCAUCCACAGGUUGAAAAGUGA